AUGCUGCAGCAUACUGGUAAUCAUGCGCAAUCAGCUUCGAGCGAUCCUCAAACCUUUCCUCUCGACGGUCCCGGUCCCGAACAGAUUUCCUUGCCUUUACCUAACGGCCGUCCUCCAGUCGUCGCUUCCGUCCAUACAAGGGAUGCGUCGGUGACCAGAGGGAGGCCUCAGCAAUCAAGCACACAAAACUAUGGCGCCACCUACGUGCCAUCGUCACGCGCAGGCUCUGCGCAGCCACAGCCACAAGGAACAGACAGCGGUGGGAGUUCGAGGGGUCCUUCGGUAGAUACUACUGGUCUGCAAAGACGGACAUCGAACAACUAUGGCCAUCACCGGCAAACGUCCGUCAUACAUGGCCUCCAGCAUUCCAGGAAUCCCAGCUUCAACACUCCCUCCGGCGCAACUCCCCUUACUCCAGAGUCGUCCCUCAGUGGCCCAGGCCAUGCAAGAUCACAACACCAGACCCGGCGAGGGCAGUAUGCUGCAGCGGAGGGGUCUUCCAAUUUCACGAGCCCGGGUUCGCCCUUACAAGGCCACUCGCAGGGCCAGUCGAUCGACUCUUUGUUGGACGGUCCAGUCCCGGUGCACGAGUCGGGACAGCCACAGCCCAGGCGGCGCAAAGAGCAUUCGCGAACUCGGCGAGGCCAUGCAUAUCAAUCCUCUAGUGUCCACCAGAACGAACCACGUACACCCGGGGAAUAUGCGCUCCAUCACCUCUUUCAUGCUUUUGUGCUACGAGCCGAUCAGAGAAUCAAUCAUUGUCUGUCAUUGCUUGAGACUGUGAACACACCGGUUGAGUUGGCUUGUGGACCUGGCGUCGAUCCAGGCUUUGAUCAAUUAAUAUCGUCACUGGGCCAUAUCUCCCGGCAGGGACCGAAACCCCUGGUGGACAGUUUGAUGUUAUGGCGCAAAGGCAAAGGUGACGCCGCCGCCAAUUUGAAAAAGCAGGUCUAUCAACAGAGACUUCAACAAGGACUGACGACGAACACUCUCCCAAUUUCGCUACCUAGACGGCACACAGAACCGUUGCAGGUCCCAGGAGAGCCUGGCUUGUCAACAGUCGGCACGGACAGUCCACUCUCGUCAGAGGACACGCUUACGCAGGAGUAUAUUCUAGCCGACCGAAGAGCCACGAUUUCCGUCUACAUACUGUGUCGCGUCUUGAUCGCAAUUUUCGAGCAGAGUAACCUGGCGGCAAUCACACAAGAUCUUGCCAAUAAACUCGAAGAUAUAGUAUUCACGCAGAUUAGGGAAGUUGAACCCAACCAGAUCUUAUCCUCAAGCAUUCGCCUCGCCAAUUGGAGAAUCUAUGGUCAGGUACUUGGUCACAUGAGUCGCCUCGACUUCCUCAAUGUCACUCUUCGCUUCACACAACAGCUUGACACAUGGCAGCAAGAAUUUGCAAAGACACCUGGGACUGCAGCCGCAAGAGACAUAGAAUCCCGGCUCGAGUUAUUGUUGCUGAGCAUGCGCCAUCUCCAUAUAGCCGCGAGGCGGGAGGCCGUGCAACCAGUCGUUGACUUCUUGAGAACUCUGGCCGGACUGUUCUCUGAUGCUCACGGCCCUCGAGUGAAGCAGGCGUACUGUCAGCUUUUCGAGCGUUUGUUGACUGCUGUCGCAAGCAGCCCCGAAUGCUUCCAGACCAACUCGAAAUGGAGAGAUCUCAUCGAUGCAAUAAACGCCCGUCUAUCAAACAUGAUGGUCAAAGUACGUCACUGGUAUACAGGCUUUCCUGUCUCGAUACUGCUGCUCUGUAUUUCUCCACUAGAAACUUUCUCCACGCAGUGGGGAUCACUGUUGUCGGGUAUGCCAAUGAAAUUGAAGGACAAGGCUUCACGCGGUCUUGCUCUGCAGGCCAUAUGUCAAUUGACCUGGACAUACUUUAUGCGCGUACCUGAACCCGCGGCAACCAGAGUCCGGCGCAUAGAGGAGGUAUUGAAACUUGCUCUUCCGCAAGGAAAGAAAACACAUGUCAGCUCAGAGCAGUCUGUUUCGACACCACUUGUGCAUCUCAUGAGAAUCAUUGGCUUUGCUGCACAAGAUAUCUGUUUCAAGUCAAUCAUCUUCCCUCUGGUACACUAUGACAAAUUCCAAUCGAGUCGGUCGCUCAAGAUUGAGGACAUGGAACCUGAAAGAAUGGUCGUUGGGAUACGAGCCUUCCUUGCCGUCAUAGCUGACCUCGAGAGAGAUGAUGAUCGGCCUCCUCCGUUUCCAUCUUUCAACAUCCAACCGCCAACAGGUGAGGGUCUUCCGGGAUCUCCGUUGAGCAUGAGAAACAACGUAGGCCUGGACUCGCCAACGCGGACGACAUUCGAAGAAGAAACCCUUUCCUCUUUACCAGUGGACACCAGUAAGCUUGAUGAUAAUGCGAGACAAUACUAUCUACAGUUUUGCCAGAUCCUGGGAAAGAUCACCAUUUUGUGUGACAACACUUUUGGUGGUCAGGCGGCACUGAACGAAAAAUUCUCUACACCUACAACGACCCUGACGCCAAAGACGCCGUUGGUGGAUGCUUUCACCAUCAAGCGCGAACAGGAGGGACCUGGGCCAGAUCAGAGGCAUAUGUAUUACGAACUGCUUCAUGUGGCCAUACAGGCUCUCCCGCGUUGCUUCACGGAUCAUAUUCCCUUGAGCCCCUUGAUCAAUCUUUUGUGUACAGGGUCUGCUCACGUUCAAGCAAACAUUGCAGCUUCAGCCACCCAGUCUCUCAAAGCCAUUGCCCGACAAGGCCAUGCUCAGGCCGUUGCCAUUGCUUUUCCACGGUUUAUCUUCCAUUAUGAUACGCAAUACUCGACAAUGUCAGAUGAAGGUCGUCUCGGACCAGCACAUAUCGAGUCCACUCUCACAUUGUAUCUGGAUCUCCUCCAGAUAUGGACGGAACAAUUGAAGCAAAAGACGGUGGCCAAAACUGCUGAAGCAAGAGGCGCCAAUUCCUCGCGUGCGCUGCAAAUGGAGCUCACGAACGUCAUUCCCCAUGUGGAUGAAAUUGAAGCCUACGGUCUCUUUUUCCUUUGCUCUCAAUCCCGCCGAGUACGAGCGUUUGCGAUCAAGGUUCUCCGGCUGGUCCUUCAGUUUGACAAAGUUCUUGGCCAGGACGUGCCAUCAAGGAUCAUCAGACUUCUAGAAUUACAAUCGUCCAAAAUUCUCGAUUUGCAAGAAGAGGGUCUGAACGUUGCCGAAAGAAGUCGUUUGCAGAAAGAUAAAAGUGCCAGCCCAGAUUCGAGCACAUUGAUCGAGAUCUGUAGCUCUGAGGUUUCUUAUGAUUCAACACUGUGGUUAAAAGCAUUUCCCAACCUCAUUCGGGCGGUUUUUGACGCUUGCCCGAACGCCAUCGCUCUCUGUCGGGGCACUGUGACCGACAGACUCGUGUUGAUGCAACGUGAUAUAGAGAGUUUCUCGGACACUGGAGCAGGAAAUCCUGCCGCGUACGAAUAUCGCAUGCAGGGUCGCAGUUCUGCAACCUCGGCAGAGGUUCUCUUCGAACAGUGGAAGCUCUAUCUAAUCAUGGCGUGUGUCACCCUCAGUUCUCCAGGUGCACAAUCUCAAAGUCAGCUGGCUGAUGCUGCGCAUGCUCGAAAGACAUCAAAGGGCGCUACCGCAACUCAAGACAAGCUGAGCUCCGCUCGAGCAUUGUUCUCUGCAAUUAUCCCGAUGCUAGGGGCCUCACCGGAGGCCAUUCGAGAUGCUGUGGUGUCGGCGCUAGGGUCAAUAAAUCGCAAGCUUUGUCGUACUCUUCUUGAGUCCCUUCAGUAUGCUGUCAUCAAAUGCAACGACGAGGCAAAAGCAAGGAUCAACCAUCAAAGAACCCCCAGCAGCCCACAACGAUCUCAACAAACGGAAAGGUUGCGCACAGAAGUCACACAUGUUUACAAACUCACGGCAGCCUUCCUGAGGUACGAGGAUAUCUACACGGACGAAUGGAUAUUGCAGAACUUGGUCAACUAUAACCGAGAUCUACGCAUCUUCCUGAGUGACACGGAUGUGCAGAAUGACUGGCGUUUUCAGAAGCUGAGAUAUCACUACUGUGGCUUGAUUGAGGAAAUCUUCGAGGGCGUCAACAGAUCUAAAACCCCAACUCGCUGGAUGCCUUUUGAAGCACGGAAAUCAGCGUUCGCCUUGAUGGAAGACUGGUGUGGCUAUUCCGCUGAACAGAACCUCUUCGACCCAAAUCACAAUCAUGGGAGAGACUAUCAAGACCGUCUCAACGCCAACGCCGCUGCUGAAAAGGAAAGAAACAAUCUGAAGGUGGCCGCGUUGAGCGCAAUGGCGACUUUGUGCGCGGGACCCAUCAGCAUCGUGACCGAUAGUCAUGCUCUCCUCUCUUUCAAUGUGCAACGGAUGCUAUCAUGGGUCGAUGGCAUCUUUUCAACGAACAAUCACAAAAUGCACACCAUUGGUCGAAGGGCGCUGAGAUUGUUAUUGGUGAACAAUCCGGAGCAUCUUGUGCUUGCCGAGCAUGCGAUCGAACAGUGCUAUCGGACCGAGUCCUCUUCAAUGGCCCUGGAGAGCUACUUCGGCGUCGUGUCUGACCUGUUGAUUCAACAAACCGAUUACCCCUUACCGUUCUGGAAAAUCCUGAGUAUCAUCGUGCUGACCUUGGGAAACGAAAACCGCGAGAUCAGGAUGAAGUCGGCUCAUCUUAUUCGCACAUUGGAUGAUAGACAGCAGAAGAGCUCAAAUCUUCAAGAUUUUGAUAUCAGCAUAUCUGACAAGACUCGAGCGGUCUACAAGUUGGCCCAAUUCGAAUACUCAAAACGACUUUCCAAAGCAAACUCGGACAUAGCUUUCUUGAUCUUCUCCGAAUUCUCUCUUCAUUACAAGUCUGCACGGAAUGACCAUCAGCGCAACAUGGUGGUUGCAAUUCUACCGUGGGUACAGACACUCGAACUUCAGGUCGACCCUGGAACUGGCGGGCCAACGGCGAUCUCGUACAUGCUUCUGGCCAACAUGUUCGAAAUAACAAUAUGCUCCAGCAAUGCCAUGCACAAUGAAGUCCAAGCAUUGUGGCAAGCUCUUGCGACGGGGCCUCAUGCUGGCAACGUUCAAUUGAUUCUCGACUUCGUUAUCUAUCUCUCCCUAGAUCGAAGAGACCAAAACUUUGUCGAAUAUGCUAAGCAAAUCGUGGUCUACUUGUCAUCCACACUUGCAGGAUCAAGAGUGCUCGAGUUCUUUUUAUUGCAAUUGACGCCCAAGAACAUGGUCAAUGACAGAUCGCACGCCGAGGUUGUGCUGCCUGACACCCGAGACAUGCCAUACGUUGCAGAUUUAGGGUCUCUCUUGCCAAUGGGUAGCAAGCAAGUCGGUUUGUCGUUGGGACAAGUGUCCUUGAUCUUCUUGGUGGAUUUGGUGGUGUCCCCCGUGGUUCUGCCAAAGGACGAAGCCAUCAAGCUAAUACAUACCGUGCUGAUCUUAUGGGACCAUUACACAAGCUCGGUUCAGGAGCAGGCCCGAGAAAUGUUGGUACAUCUCAUACACGAGUUAGUCACCACGAAGAUUGACUCGCAGAUUCUCAUCUCAGCCAAGUCACAAAUCGAAGGACUAGUUGAGGCGGUGCGUACCAAUGAUGUUCGUGUGAGUUGGUCAUACGAAAAGAAUACGAGGAAAGACGAGGAUGAUGGUGGCAGCAGAGUACCACCAGCAAUGUCUACUUUGACCGCCGAAAUUGUUGGUAUCUUCGACCUUGCAUUCGAAAACUUCAGCGAGGCAUGGGCGAAAGAAGCUUUGCACUGGGCAUCCAUUUGCCCUGUACGGCAUUUGGCGUGUCGGUCAUUCCAAGUAUAUCGGUGCAUUUCCGUCAGCCUGGAUGCCAGGAUGCUUGCGGACAUGCUGGCCCGCCUUUCCAAUACCAUUGCCGACGAGCAAACAGACUACCAGACUUUCUCUAUGGAAAUAUUAACCACCCUUAAAGUCGUGAUUGGAGCCCUGGAAUCGAAGAAUCUCUUGCGAUAUCCGCAGCUUUUCUGGACCACUUGCGCGUGCCUCAACACAAUCCAUGAAAGGGAAUUCUACGAAACCUUGGGAAUGCUAGAAAAGUUCAUCGAAAAGCUUGAUCUGUCUGCUCCAGAAGUCACAGAAGCGAUGCUGAAAGGGCAGCCAGCAAAAUGGGAGGGACGUUUCGAGGGGGUGCAAAGCUUACUUUACAAAGGCCUCAAGUCCGCCGACAGUCUGGAUAAGACACUUUCUAUCCUUCACAAACUGGCCGAACUUCCAGAAUGCGACUUGGUGGGGCAUGAGGAUCGGCUUCUCUAUUGUGUCCUGGCCAACUUGCCACGAUUUCUCCAAACAUUCGAGCUCGAGACUGUCGACGCGGUUUCCUUCAUGGCUGCAGGGCGACUCGCACAGGUUGCAGACGAUGAGGGCCACGAACUUCUUUCGACCUGUCUCCAGCGCUUUGCUGAUAAAGAGAUGUCAACUAGUCGGGAGAUGCUGUCCGCCGCCAUACAAGCCCUGAAGGCGUCCUAUUUCCCAACCCAUGAUGCUCGAAGCUUGAUAUUCAUGAUUGGUCUGCUGACGAACAAGACCCCCUGGUUUAGGGUCAAGCUCAUGGACGUUUUAUGUGAAUUGAUUCCGCUCGUCAACAUGAAGAAUGUAGCCAUCACAUCGCACGGGCCAGAUCUCAUUUCACCACUUCUGCGAUUGUUGCAGACUGAGCAUUGUACGCAAGCUCUAGAGGUCAUGGACUACAUUAUGGAAGUGGCAGCGACGCCAAUGGAAAAGCAUCACAUGCGUAUGAGCAUGACGACAGGCUCCGCAAAGGCGAUUCGAAAAGAGUAUGAGCGCACUCAAAGUCUCUACGGAAUCCCGCUACCAUCCGGAUGGUCCAUUCCGAUGCCCGCAAUCUAUUCGAGUAUGACGAGGAAAAACGUCCAUGCAGUCUUCUAUACCUGCGGAGACUCCGAGUCUCUAAAGGAGCAAGAGACUUCCACGCCUGACGUUAAAUUCCAAGGAGACGAUGGUUACACUGAUUCGUACUUCCCACCUCAGAGCAGAGCAGACACUAUCAGAUCAAUGGAAGUGGCUGCCGAUACUAACGUCAGUGAUCUCAUGAAUACCCUUGACAGUCUUGACGACUUUUUCGACGAUGUCGAUGGAGAUGGUCUUCUAAUCCCGACUGCUGCAAGUCAUUUGGGUGUGGAUAAUCUGACCUUACCUCCUUUGACGGAGCAAAGCACAACUGUGUACGACGAGCAAACUGCUCCGAUACUGCGUCAAAGCCUUGGGAGAUCCUCAUCACAAGUUGAUGUGCAGGAUGGCUUCACGGAAACUGGGCCACUGCCAGCCAUGACGCAACGUGGUCAGCUAAGUAUGUAUGCUGGCCAGAAUGGUGCAGCCCAAACAUCCUUCUCUUCAAUUGACGAACUUGGGGGUCCAGGACCAUCAUUACCAACUUCGACAAGAAAGCCAGUUUUGCAGACUGUAACAAGCCCACAGUCUAGGCCGGGACUGCACGCUCGCUCCAUCACUUCUCCUGCCAAUCAAUUCCCAAUGUCACAACCGACAUCAAAUGCAUUUUAUCCCAUGCCUUCUGGGCUUGGGAGGUCGCAGGACGAUUAUGCAGACCAGUAUGAUGACGCCGUGCUGUCGGAUGGCGAAAACAGUCCAUUCCCAUCUUUGAACAUGACAGCGACAAGCUCGUCCAGGAUUUUGUCGGGGCCCGGACCUGAGUAUCAAGCCACUCCAACCUCUGCAACUGAAGGUGGAGGGUCGUUCAGUCUACAGAGUAUGAGGCGUGGCAUGCGCCGUCUCACUGGUGGUAAGAGUGAAAGCCAGAAGGAGAAAGAAAAAGCUAGGGAUGUCACUCGUCUACGUGGACAAUCAGGAGGACAAAACCUGAUACCUGCAACGAUUCUGAGCCCCAGAGUGCCGAAGGUGCCUCUGGAAUAUCUCAAUGCCAGCAAUCUAAGUGGCAUGAGUCCUACCACCCCACCAGGUAUAUGA